UUAUUGUAGGCAGCAAUUUGAAACAUGAAGACUAUGAUUCUACUGUUUUGCCUUCUAGGAUCAACUCAGUCAUUACCACAGCUCAAACCUGCUUUGGGACUCCCUCCCACAAAACUGGCUCCGGAUCAGGGAACACUACCAAACCAACAGCAGUCAAAUCAGGUCUUUCCUUCUUUAAGUCUGAUACCAUUAACACAGAUGCUCACACUGGGGCCAGAUCUGCAUCUGUUAAAUCCUGCUGCAGGAAUGACACCUGGUACCCAGGCCCACCCAUUGACCCUGGGAGUGUUGAAUUUACAACAGCAACUGCAACCACAUAUGUUACCAAUUUUUGUCACACAACUUGGAGCCCAGGGCACUAUCCUAAGCUCAGAGGAGUUGCCACAAAUCUUCACGAGCCUCAUCAUCCAUUCCUUGUUCCCGGGAGGCAUCCUGCCCACCAGUCAGGCAGGGGCUAAUCCAGAUGUCCAGGAUGGAAGCCUUCCAGCAGGACAAGCAGGUGUAAAUCCUGCCAUCCAGGGAACCCCAGCCGGCCGCCUCCCAACUCCCAGUGGCACAGAUGAUGAUUUUGCAGUGACCACCCCUGCAGGCAUCCAAAGGAGCACACAUGCCACCGAGGAAACCACCACAGAAUAACCAAAUGGAAUUCAGUAAGCUGUUUCAAAUUUUUUCAACUAAGCUGCCUUGAAUUUGGUGAUACAUGUGAAUCUUUAUCAUUG